AAAAUAUUUCCGGCAGUUCUCUCCAGUAUUUCUUUUUUGUUCUCAUUCUCUCUUUUUAAUUUUAUUUUAUUUUUUCUCUUGGGCUCUCUCGUGCGCGCUCUUCGAAACCUAUCUCAUACCAUUCUUUUGUCUCUCAAUCUUCUCUCCUUUCUUCCUUUUUCCUUUUUAUACUCAAGUUUUUAUUCAUAGUGAGCUUAGGGUUCUGAUUCUUGGUUUAAAGUGAGACUAUGUCUGGUUUUCCGCUUGAUCAUUUAGAGCCGAUUAGUGUGUUGAUUAUCUAGGGUUUCGGAUUUUGACAUGGCCGAAGCUUCGAAAGGUCGCGUCACUAUUACUCUUGGGCGUACUGGUCAGGUGGUAAAGAGAGCUGCAGCUUUAUCAGAAGUUGAAUAUGCUGAUCCUCUGCUAGGUGCUGGAAAUAAGCGGCCUGUAAGAGAUAGGUUAGGAAGUAGUUCGGAUAGUUUCUCAUCGCAUGGAACCCUAGCUAACUACAAAAGGCAAAGAGGAGACAAUUAUUUGACAGGUUUGAUGUCUAGUGGAGUGGAAGAUGUUCGCGUUGGUAAGGAUGACCUACGAUUCAAACUCAUGCAAAAAAAUGUUUGUAGAAGAUCUCAGAAUGACUACAACCAAAAAGCCAUGGACCUCCGUGAAAAGUUGUCUAGGGCAGUACAUUCUUCAGUCCCUCCAGUCAGUACUCUUGAUGCACGGCGACACAUGCCUGAUAGUAAGGAUGCCAGUGUCUUGAGUCGAAUACCACCUACGAGAAGUACAGAUAGUUUGCCUAGGAUAGAUUCAUCAAGAAAUUCUUAUUCUCCUUGGACAUUGGAUCAUAUACGAAGGAGAUCUCCAGAUAGAAUUAUAGGUGGUUCUAGGGGCUUAUCCCCACCCGGAAAUGUGGAAGAAUUACAAAGAAGGCAAUUAAACAGGACGGGUGAUAAUGCAAGAACAGUUUCAUACAUGAACAAGGAUGUUCUUGAUGCUUCAAGGCCUGUAAGCAGUUCCACAACUUACAUGACCAAGUCUGCAUUGCCUGCAGUAUCUUCCAAGCCUGCAGUGCCUCUUCUUGGCCAACUUCCUCCAUCAAGUGGGAUUCUACAGAAGAGCCCAUAUGUGGGGUGCAGACUGCUGUCGUACAUUCUUGGUGGAUUUUCAAUUUUGGAAAAUCGAAGGAGAUCAAAGCAGCAGCAGAUUCCCUUUCCCACAGUAUUGGCAUUGGGCAUAUCUGAGUUUUUUCCAACCAGGGGAGAAUGAUGCAGUCAAGAAAAAUAAUAAAUUUAGGAAUUUUUUUGAAUUAAUAUUCAUCUUAAAAUUAAGAAUUUUAGGUUUCUAUUAUUUAGUAAAUGUAAUUAGGAAGUAGUAUUUUAAUUAUUAGGAACUAUAUUGUUUAGAAUAUCCUAGUUGUUGUUGGUUUAUUUUCUUAAUUAGCAUUAGUUUGGUAUUCUCUUAUUCUGGAAUUUUUGGUCCUAGACUUCAAACGCUAUUAAUGAUUUUGAUUAUGGUAUAAAUACAUACGUCAUAUAGGUAGUUUAGUAGGGCCCAUCAUGAUUUUUAUUAACAGUGGAGAAUUAAUAGAAAAUUUGAGAUUUGUUCUCUUGCCUUUUGAGUGUUCCCUUUGCAGUUCUGGGAACUUUGGAUGCAGUUUAUGCUAUUCUUUUUAUUGUUAACAAGUGGAUUUGAAACUAUAGAAAAUGAAUUUACAGAAAAUUUCUAUUUCCUGUCAGAUAUUCUGAUGCACUGUAUCUUUGCUAUUGAUUAGAGAAAUGGGACAACUCAUCUUUCUUAAUCCUGAAACCAUUGGAUUCUGCAAUUUUUGGAUUUCUUGUAUUAUAUUGAGAAGGUUGGCAGUAGAUUUAGUCAUGGAGAUGUACAAGUUUAAGUUGCAGAAUGAAUUUUAUUACCUAGUAGAGAUUCUUGCUUUUGCUUUAAGUGUUCCAGCCUUCAAGGAAUAUAGAUUUAUGAGUCCAUGGUCUUCUUUUUUCCUGAAUUCAUCAGAAAAAAUUUUUUAAAGAUAUUCUGGUGAAAAUCUGCAAUUUGCAUUAUCCAUCUUUUACUUUCUUUUCCAUCAGGAGUACCAAAUGCAUAAUAGAGAUGAUAUUCAGUUAGCAACUUCUGAUUCUAGUUAUGCAGUUGGGUUGCACUUGCCAAGCUUGAAAUGGCCUUUCUAAGACCAAAGGUAGUUAGGCCAGUUGCUUAAUUCUAUUCUUAAAAAUUGUUCAAGUGAUAUCUGGUAGAUUGAGAUGAGCGAUAUUGAUACCCCUAUGGAUGUUAUUGGCUGGCAUGGAUUGAACAACUUCUGCAGAUUGCUGCAAUUGACAAGUUGUUGACUCUUUCAAAUAAAAUUUGUUACUAUAUGCUUGUUACUUGAUGUGGAGUGAUUAAAUGAUUUAGAAGUAGAUUGUGUGACCCUACUAUUUUGUGUCAGGUUCCUGCUGGGUCAAUAGGAUAUAGAAGAGUCUACAUCUUCCUCUUUUCUUUUCAAGUGCUUUGUGUAUGUUAUGUUUGUUUUCGUGUCCAUGAUCAGCCUAUCCCAAAUCUCAGUUGUGAGCUAAUGUUCAUCUAAUGGAAGUUCGACAAGAGUGGAAACUAGAUGGAUUGUGUUUGUGAUUGUGAAAGGGAAAGGCCAGAUUGUUUAGUUAAGUUUGAGCCUAAGAAUCAUAAUUCGGAUUUGGAGCGUCUUGAUGGAUUGUUUGCCAUUGUGUUGCAAUUGUAAACUUUUGUAAUUUCGUAUCACUCAUUUUUUGGUUUUACAGUAGCGUUUGUUGUAUUCAGGUGAAUUCCAUGGAACAUAUUUACUGAUAUUAAGUAAAACAUACAGGCUUAUUGCUUCUUCUGUGCAGAACCUCUACCAUAGACAAAGUGUAUGUGGGUGUAUUUGAUAUAAUCACAUGUCAUGGUUCAACUAAAAUUAGUUUGUGGUUAAAUUUAUUUGUUCCCUGUCUUUUGUUCUGCAAGAGAUCCUCUUUCUCUUGGCUUGCUGAUUCUCUUCAUUACCCUUCCAAUCACAAGUUCUACCUUCUUUGAUUAGUAGCUUUAGCAUUAAUGUUAAGUGCUUAGACAUAAUCAAUUUCAUAGUUCUUGUGAUUACUAUCUUUCAUGUGCUCAGGAGACAGCUUGUACCUUCUUAUGUAUGUGCAAUAUUCUUUUUGAAACAUUUGCUAACCUCCUUAUUUAUUUUUAUUACC